AUGAAUCUUCCCCCAGACAAAGCACGACUUUUGCGACAAUACGAUAAUGAAAAAAAGUGGGACCUCAUCUGUGACCAGGAACGGUUUCAAGUGAAAAACCCCCCGCACACAUACAUCCAAAAACUACAAUCAUUCCUAGACCCUGGAGUCACACGAAAGAAAUUCAGAAGACGGGUGCAAGAAUCUACAAAGGUUCUGCGUGAACUGGAAAUAUCACUGCGAACAAAUCACAUAGGGUGGGUGCGUGAGUUCUUGAAUAAUGACAACAGGGGCCUGGAUGUUUUGGUGGAGUAUCUCUCAUUUGCACAGUGCGCGGUUAUGUUUGAUUUUGAGGGCCUGGAAAACGGGGAGGAUGGCUUGGUUGAAAAGUCCAAACCCUGGAGCAGAUCCAUCGAGGAUCUGCAGAGUCCCAACGCCCUCCAUGCCCCUUUCGCCAACGGCCUCGCUCGCUCUGCCCGCCAGUCUGUGCUCCGCUACAAUACACUGCCAGGAAAAAAAGCGCUGAAAAAUUCCAGAUUGGUCAGCCAGAAGGAUGAUGUACAUGUCUGCAUCAUGUGCCUCCGUGCCAUUAUGAAUUACCAGUAUGGCUUCAAUCUGGUCAUGUCCCAUCCUCAUGCUGUCAAUGAAAUUGCUCUCAGCUUAAACAACAAGAAUCCAAGAACAAAAGCCUUGGUCCUGGAAUUACUGGCUGCGGUGUGUCUGGUUCGGGGAGGACAUGAAAUCAUUCUAUCUGCUUUUGACAACUUCAAAGAGGUCUGCAAGGAGAAGCAUCGUUUUGAGAAGCUCAUGGAAUAUUUUAGGAAUGAAGACAGCAACAUUGAUUUCAUGGUUGCAUGUAUGCAGUUCAUUAACAUUGUUGUCCAUUCUGUGGAAGACAUGAACUUCCGUGUUCACCUUCAGUAUGAGUUCACCAAGCUGGGCCUUGAAGAGUUCCUGGAGAAAUCUAAACACACGGAAAGUGAGAAACUUCAGGUGCAGAUUCAAGCCUACUUGGAUAAUGUAUUUGAUGUAGGAGGUUUGCUGGAAGAUGCAGAGACUAAGAAUGUUGCACUUGAGAAAGUGGAGGAAUUGGAGGAACAUUUAUCUCAUAUGACAGAAAAGCUGCUAGAUUUGGAGAAUGAGAACAUGAUGCGAGUGGCCGAGUUGGAAAAAACGUUAUUACAUAGGGAGAAGGAGCUGGAAAUGAUUAGGGAAACGUAUGAGACCACAAGUCAUCAGGUGAACACGCUAAGGAAAAUCAUCAAAGAAAAGGAGGAAGCAUUUCUGCAGCUCCGUCAGUUGGAGCAGGCCAAUGCUUUACAGCAGCAGAAGCUUGGGUCUGCUGGGACCAUCCCCUCAUCACUUGAUGGCCUACCUGGAGACAUGUCAUUCAUUGCAGACUUCCCACCACCUCCACCCCCACCACCACCUGCACCAGUACCCGUACCUGCCGCACCACCUCCACCCCCUCCCCCACCUCCACCACCACCACCUCCUCCAAUGCCAAGCAAGUGCCCUCCCCCACCACCUCUUCCAUCUUCCUCACCCUCUGUUAUCCUCACAACUGGUUUGUCAGCAAUCAGGAUCAAGAAGCCAAUAAAAACGAAGUUCCGCCUACCUGUGUUUAACUGGACUGCUCUUAAACCCAACCAGAUUAGUGGCACCGUAUUCAGUGACCUGGAUGACGAGAGGAUCUUACAGGAUCUGGAUAUGGAUAAAUUUGAAGAGCUGUUCAAAACCAAAGCACAGGGAGCUGCCAUUGAUCUUACCUGCUCCAAGAAUAAAUCAUCCCAGAAGUCAAUGAGUAAAGUCACACUUUUGGAGGCAAACCGAGCCAAGAACCUGGCGAUCACUCUGCGAAAAGCUGGGAGGGCCUCGGAGGAGAUCUGUAAAGCCAUCCACACGUUUGACUUGAGGACAAUGCCGGUCGAUUUUGUGGAGUGUUUGGUACGCUUCCUACCUACAGAAGCAGAGGUGAAGUUGCUAAGACAGUAUGAGCGGGAGCGGAAGCCUCUUGAGGACCUUUCUGAUGAGGACAGAUUCAUGAUGCACUUCAGUAAAGUGGAGCGUCUCUCUCAAAGGAUGUCCAUCAUGACAUUCAUGGGCAAUUUCAGUGAGAACCUGCAGCUGCUAACACCGCAACUGAAUGCAGUGAUUGCUGCUUCGGCUUCAGUCAAAUCUUCUCCAAAGCUGAAACAAAUGCUGGAGAUAAUUCUUGCCUUGGGUAACUACAUGAACAGCAGCAAGAGAGGAUCUGUCUAUGGGUUCAAACUACAGAGCUUGGACUUGCUGCAAGACACAAAGUCAACAGACAGGAAGAUGACAUUGCUUAACUUCAUUGCCUUGAUUGCCAAGGAGAAGUAUCCUGAGGUGGCCACAUUCUACAAUGAACUUCACUUUGUGGAGAAGGCAGCAGCAGUGUCUCUUGAAAAUGUCCUUAUGGAUGUAAAAGAGCUUGGGAAAGGGAUGGACUUAAUCCGCAAGGAGAGCAGUCAUCAUGACAAUAGUGUUCUCAGGAACUUUGUGAGUAGCAAUGAAGGAAAACUGGACAAGCUUCAGAAGGAUGCCAAAACAGCAGAGGAAGCAUACGCAGCUGUGGUGCUUUACUUUGGAGAAAAUCCAAAGACAACGCCGCCCUCCGUGUUCUUUCCAGUAUUCGCUCGUUUCAUCAAAUCAUACAAGGAUGCUGAGCUUGAGAACGAGAUGCGCAAGAAGCAGGAGGAAGUUCUACGAGAGAAGUUAUUGGCACAAGAAGCAAAGAAGAUGGACCCUAAGUCUCCAGUGCAGAAAAAUAAACGUCAGCAACAUGAUUUAAUAGCAGAGCUGCGGCGGCGGCAAGCCAAGGACCAUCGACCGGUAUAUGAAGGAAAGGAUGGAACCAUUGAGGACAUAAUCACAGUCCUGAAGAGUGUCCCCUUCACAGCCAGAACAGCCAAGAGGGGCUCUCGCUUCUUCUGUGAUACAUCCCUAUUUGAGGAUUCAAACUGUUAA